GCACCGACUGCAUCAGGCAGCUCCAACAAUUCUGACCCAGAUACCUCAUCUCUCUAUGCCCUUUUUGCAGGCAAAUUUAUAAGCACUGAAAAUCUCUGACCCAGAUCUGGACUCCUGCCCUCUGAUCAGACAUCGUUCGGACCAGAACCAUACUCACCAAAUAUGGGACCCAUCACCUCCACCUCACAAGAGCCUCAACACUGCGCUCUCCUGUAUGGAGACAGACCAGAUAGGCCACUCAGAGCAGAGGCCUGAAGUGUGACAACCGUCACACUGAACUGAGCGUCAUGUGCAACAUGUGCAGGAGAUGGUUAAUCAGCAGAGGAAGAACCAGAAGAAAAAAGGACAAAUAAGAUGCUGACAGAGAACAGCAACAUUGACUCUGCACUGAGCAGUUGCCACUAGGUAAAGUGUUGCCCGAGGGAGAGGACGAGGAUGUGGAAGAAGACGGGGUGAUUUUUUCCAGGUGCGUCGAGAUGACAGAUGUUACAGCUGCAGCCUGAUGACUCAUUGGCGACAUGAAUGUCUGCAACUGGUGAAGGGAACACGGAUUAACCUGACUGUGUCACACUGAUUGGAGAGGAGGACUCCAGACAAGUCAGAUGAGGGCGAGUUGCUUGAUCAGUGGAGAAGGGAAGUGCCACUGAUACAGCCAGGAGACUGGGUGCUGGUUAAGGUCAUCAAAUGGAAGUGCUGGUCGAACCCGAGGUGGGACGGCCCAUAUCAAGUUCUACUGACCACACCAACAGCAGUGAAAAUCGCUGAAAGGUCUACGUGGAUUCAUCUGAGUCACUGCAAGAAGGUGGAGCCACUUACUUCGGAGUAAAGGUGGAAGUCUGGUUACAAAGAGGGAAAUUCCUUAUAGUGGUUUUUCCGUCUCAACCCAGUGAAGAAAACAAGUGAUCCCUACUCCUUUAGAAUGGCACCCUUCUGCAGCUUCAUAACUAUUCUCAGCGUGAGCGCACUGCUAGUUUUAGGAGGAACAUCUUCAUUAAAUUACACCCAGUACCCACAUGAAAAUGCAACCAAUGAAUGGUGGCAGUUAAUGAAUGUCACAGCUCAUGUUAAUAAUUGGACAAAUUGUUAUGUGUGUGCACAUGUCAGUGGCAGGACACAAUACUGGACUGAGGCCUUACAAUGUUAGCUGGGAGCGCUCAUGGUGCCUCUAUGGGUUGGCUACACAUCCAGGGAGAAGAGCUAAAUGGAGUGAAGCAAAUUUUAUUAUAAUUCUUAAUGUAAAGGGGAUAAGUUCUCCCAUUAAUAGUAAUUAUUCCACGCUAACAGAUUUGCUCACUUGGCAUCAGGUAGCCACCCCCCUGUCUGAGGUGCUAAUGUUGAAUCAUUUGCCAGAGAAAGCUUUUCCAGCAUGUGUUAUAGCAAAUGGAACCACCAAGGUGGGUAAACUACCAGCUACUCUUUGUAAUGCUACCUAUUCCUACUGUCCACCAACAGAUGGACGCUGGAGAGCUGAGUCAGUGCUCACGAGUAGCACCAGGACCCAAGGGAACAAGAGUUACCAGGCCAGUCAUCCACAUCACAAGAUGAAGCGACAGGUUGGAGAGUGGCUCACGAGCCAUUCAGAAGUCCCAGAGGAGCUCCAGAUCUGGGGAGUCGGAGCGAAGAUUGCCCAGUCUAUCUUUCCAGGAAUUGGACUGGGAUUUGUGCGUGACCAAGUGGAAAUAAAUCACUAUGCACUCUUACGUCUGGUAAAUACAACCAUAGCUCUAGGACAAGGAACUUUAAAAGAGUUAAGUUCACUCAGAGCAAUGGUGAUGCAAAACAGGAUAGUAUUAGAUCUUUGGACAGCUUCCCAGGGUGGAGUGUGUAAGAUCAUUGGUAAGACAUGUUGUACUUACAUCCCAGAUGAAGAUAAUGCUGGUGGAGCCAUAAGGGAGGCACUCGAUAGACUGACUGAAUUACAAAAAUAUGUACAGCAGCACACUCAGGAAAGCCAGAGUGAUUGGUUUUCCUGGCUAAAUGCAGGAACUUGGUGGCAGGUAUUGUUGAAAUGCCUGACUCCUGUUUGUGUGUGUUGGUGUUGAUUUGUGUGUUUACAAUGUGUAUUCUGCCCUGCAUCAGAUCCAUGAUAACAAAGAUUUUCACAGGUUAUGUUGUGUCAUAUUUGCAGCUUCAGAUGGUCGACCAAGACACUGACAACCCUGGAGAUAUCUUGUAAAUAUGUAAAUAUUUGGCAAUGAAUGAAACCCACACUGAAAAUGUGCAAGCAAGUGGUGUGGUAAAAAGGUGCCAGAGAAGUUAUGAUAAACAGGGGGGAAAUGUUGGAGUUAUGGUAUAAAUUCCAUUCUGUUUAUUAUGAAUUAUCAUAUCUUCUGUUUGUAUAUUUUUAUAAGUUGUUUUAUGUAUAUAUAUGUGACCCAGGUCAGGUGGGAGGCCCAACCUACCACACACUCCAAAAAGGAACUGCCGUA